GAUGAAUCGACUUGUGGUUAUUGUUGCGACACUCUUCGUCCCCACUACAUACAGUGCUGCAGGCGGUUUGUGGUGUUACCAUGAUCCUAGUUGUGACGACACCACUUGGUCCACCAUUGCCAGUGAACAUUGUAAUGGAUCCCGUCAGUCUCCCAUCAACAUCGUCUCUGCAUCGGCAGUGGGCGAUGAAACCCUGACUUCCUUCACUUUCACCAAAUACGGAGACAACUCUACGAUGAAGAAUAUCAAGAACACUGGCAAAACUGUCAAAGUGGAGCUGACGAGUGGCGUCCAGAUUACAGGUGGGGCACUGUCUGAGGCCUAUGACAGCCUGCAGUUUCACCUCCACUGGGGGAACGGUACCUCAGUACCUGGGUCGGAGCACACAGUGGAUGGAACACGCUACCCAAUGGAGUUGCACAUAGUAAAUGCAAAGUCUUCGCACAACGGUAACACGACCACGGCCGUUACAGACAGCACGGGACUCGCUGCUCUUGGUUUUUUCAUAGAGGCCAUGCCAGGUAAUGCAACUGGUUCCCCAGCAGCAUGGAAUACUCUGACAUCCUACUUGGCCAACAUCACACUAAAAGAUGAUAUUGUAAACAUUACUCAUGCUAUUUCAUUGGAUGAGCUCCUGGAAGGGGUGGACCGUACCAAAUACUACCGUUACCUUGGCUCCCUGACCACUCCAAAUUGCAAUGAGGCUGUGGUUUGGACAGUGUUCAAGGACCCGAUCAAAGUCAGCCAGGAUUUGAUUGAUCUCUUCAGCACAACAAUGCACAUUGACCACAACUCCACCUCUGCCUUGAUGACCAACGUCUUCAGGAACAUCCAGCCUGGCAAUGACUGGGUGGUGACAACCCAGGGCCGUCCAGCGUCGGGAGCCUCCACAAUGUGCUCUUCUCUGGGCCUCAUGGCCCUGGCCUGGAUGCUGCUGAGGGUUUAGUGACGGCGAAUAACUCCUUACCUGAAGGGCACUGCCAUAUCUCCAUGAACCCUUAAUCUACCAACACAUUUUCCUUAUAUCGAUUACCAACAAGGGUCAUCGAUUACCCAAGGAGAAACUAUUGGAAAAAGCAACAAUCAUAGCGAAAUGUGUUAAACUUAUUUAUUUUCAAAAUAUAAUUAUUUAGAAAUGUAAUGAAUGUUAAGCCUGCUAAUAAGUGUCUGAAAUAAGGUCUCUAACAGACAUUUCCAUUAGAGGCAAUGAACACUUGCUCAACCAUCAGCUGAUCGAGAUAUGGGUGUUUAGCAAACCCACCGUAUUCUAGGUAAUGCCUGUAUCAACGGCCCAUCCAACAUGGCUGAAAGCUAUAGUGUGCCUUGAUUGGUCAUCGCACAGCUAUACAACGUCCCCACUAAGGUCCAAGGUGAUAACUUGAAAUCUGAGGAAGAAAGUUUAGGGAUAGGAAGUAGUAUCAAUAUAAAACGAGACUGUACUUCUGUGAAUAUAUGCUUACUGAAAGACCCAGUACCGUUUAGCCGACGACAGACUAACGCCAUAAUAGUAGCAAAGGAUAUCACGUUGCUCAACAGUGCAUGUGGAGGCCCACAGCAUUUGAGCCAUAGAUUUGGGUGGUAGAUAUGAGUCACGCUCAGCUAAAAUGACUGUAGCAGAGUGAGCUGCAUCAGGGUAUAAGACGCCUUGCAUAUGCACAAUGUACAAGCAUGCAUGAAAACAUGCGCAAAUUUGCUUACUACAAUCCUAAAAUAUAGUUUACUCCUAAGAUUUGUCUAAUCUUAUGCUUAUGAUCACAGGCAACGCUCCUAGUGGCCGGUGAUUUUAAAGCAGUAAAAACUGAAAUCUGUUUCACCUCAUUUCUACCAGCAUGUCACCUGUGCAACUAGGGCUGACCCCAGUGAGUUGACUGGUCAAUUGUUCGUCGACCAAGAUGUUUGUUGUUGAGCAGUCGCAAAUAUAUAUGGCACACAUGACACCCAUCUGAUUCAACCCUGUCUCAGUGGACUAAUCCAUUGUGGAGGCCAUAGGGAAGGCACACCAUUAUCACCAGUACUACAUUUACCGUUCUAAUCUACAAUGUUUUCCUGUUAAGGUAUUUCUGUAAAUGCAUUCAAUAUACAGAAAACAAUUAUUACAGUCUUUUAUCGUUCUGAUUGUUGAAGUGGAAGCAUUGUCUGCACGGAUUAUUUGGACAAUCAUGUUGUGUGGAGUCAUUUUUAGUAGUGGGAGGAAGUUGAACUAAUGUCUAAUGGUGGGGUCUUUGGUAAACAAAUUGUCACAACACUCAGGGCAAUUGAUGCCAAUCAGGGCAAUUGAAGCCAAGCAUAGAUCUUCAUUCCUUCUGCCAAACCUCGUCUGAUAUCGCAAAGAUUUGUCCUUUCUGCACCGCCCGCAACCCCA